AUGGCUGCCUUGGUCAAACACUUGCCAUGGUCGACUCACUUUCCGUGUAUCGUGUGGGCUCCAAUCCAGGAUCAUGCCCCUGGUCCUAAUAAUUUGGACGUAACUUUGUCUUCGGAUCAACAACCCAAUAUCCUACACCUGGGGUACAAACGAGCCACUACCGUGAAGCUAAAGUUUCCCGUCGGAACUACCUCCAAUAUAGCCCUGGUAGUAAAACCGUCCACUACCAAACUUGUCAUGGCUCUCGGACUCGCCACCGUAACGAAGAGAGGAUUUAACAUCCAACCAUUCUCAUCUAUAUUGUACUACAGUGUCUUAUCUUCAACCAUGUCGACUGGCUUCUAUGUAAUUUUGAGCGGUAAUUUGACCCUGGGGGAUAUUACAAAUUCCGGAUCAUCAUCCGUUGAAGAUGACAACAUCAUUACAAUCCUAACGGAGGUGUACGUGCAGUCCGUUGAAUUCGUAACCAAUGAAGAACAACACACUGUCGUUUUUGAAGUUUUCUCAGGCAAACGUGCGCUGUGGAGCGAUAACGUCAUUUAUUUCAUAAAAACGGCAGUUAUGGCUCCGAUAAAGACUCCGGAAAUAUACACCAGCUUCCCAUCCACUUCUACCCUGGAUCGUGGUAAGAUGACCCGUGUCGUUGUUGACUUGUGGAUGCCUUUAGCUAAUCCCGACAUUAUAGUGACAGCAAGGAGUCAGGCAGAUUCGGGAGUUCGAGUCUUAAGAGUGUCCGUGACGGAAGUAGGGGAAAACUAUCGACUUCCGGUGGUGUUGAAUAGAUAUAUUGUUGAUGAUUUAAAGUGUGACGAAAUCGUAGGAAAUACCACACUCCACCUCGUGUUCCCAACGCAUUUUGCCAACAAAAAUGCCUUUUUCGCCGGUCCUGUUUCCAGUAAUGACUCCAUCAAGCUGGAGGUUGCCGCAUACAUAGAGAAAGAUGUCGAGCUAGGCACAGUGCACCCUCUGGAAAUCAGAAUUGAUGUGGCUGGUUCUGUGUUAUGGAAUUCAACUUUUGAUCUCAUUUCUUCGGACUUUGUAAUUCCACCGAUUCUGACUCAACUGAAAGCACUUUCUUACAACAGUCUAGUGACGAUUGGACAAGACUUUUCUGCAGAUGUAAACUUGACUACACCUGAAUUCGGUGUCUAUGAGAUCAACGUCACUCUGACGUCACUGAGAUCUGGAGGUCAAGGAGAAGCAGGUCUCGCCAUGGUGAGUGAUAUGCUCAUUGUUAUCACGGGAUCUAAUGUUUUGUGUUCCACUCUGAGCGUCUCCUACUCAAGAACAAGCAAAUCUAGGAUACAAAAUGUUGCCGAAGUUGUCUUAAAUGUGACAAACUUUGGAUCCGCCCUUCCUUCGCCCGGGGAGGAUAAGAAUUGGCUGGUGCUGCGGUUCUCUGUCAUUCCUGUCCCGAAGUACGCUGAAAUAGGCGAUGUUCACUCCGUGGAAAUCAACAGCAGUUCUCUCAGCGUCACGUAUCCCUUCACCGUCAACGGAGCCACGACGUUUGACCAAAACUUGGUAUACACAGUAGAAACAUUCCAUUUUGAGUCAGCUGCAUGCAUUUUUGAAAGUGGGACGUUUGAAAUCUUCGUCAACAUUACAACGACGAGAAAUAAAAGUCCCGGUCCAAUGUCCAUUACUUUUCCUUUUGGUAAAACUGUAUUCUCCAUUAAAAAGUACAACAUUAUUCAUGUAGGAGAGAAUCUGUUGCCAUGCUUUCAGACGAUACAACUCGACGGAUCCCUUGAUCAAUUCACCGUUUAUGAUGAUGGUAGCUUUGGGAAUGUAACUCUAGAAUUCCCAUUGGUCUGCAACAAGGCCAUCACCAGUAAUACUGAGGCGGACAUGCUGACCAUCAGAGUAGUGACCAGUCUCCGCCCGGACGUACAGCUGGCCGGAGUAACAACAGACGACUUCACGGUAGUGGUUAGUUCCCCUGGUCUGACCCAGGAUAUCCUGUCGUCUCUCCAUUUGACCGUUCAGAGAACGACUCGUUUUCCGAACCUUGCCGUUAUUUCUGGAGUAGCGGUUACGCAGACAGAUUUGGAUGUUACACAGUUUGCAAUGAAUUGUCUUGUAGAAUAUGGCGGAAACAGCACCGGGUACCAAAAUGCAACGUUAAUCUAUGAAAGUGAAAAUACAACGCACGUGGUGUAUGGUUUUGAAAACAGACUUCUUGGCACAGAUUUUAGAAUCGUAGAAACUACGCCAGGAAAUGUCUCUUGUUGUGUAGUACAUCAAUUCCUUACACAGAAUCUUGGGGAAAGUCUGAAAGUAUUUGGGGAUACCAAUGGAUCAUUAUUAUCUAAAAUGACGUCAGUGUUUGACAAUAAAAACACAACAUGCAUCCAACUUCCGGUUCCGGGACAAACAGUGCCUAUUUUGUGGAUAAGGCUACAUUUAUCAAAGUUAUGGAGCCUAGCAGCGUCAAGUUUCCGGCUCACUAUCUCUGGACACGGAAUUACGUGUGAAAAGCAUAACAAAGACUCCGUAUUGCAGGUGUUCUACGCCUCAUCGCCUACAUCAGGGGAUUUCCAUGGUGAUGUGACGUAUUGCCUCGUUGUUCAUGAGUCUAUGAAUCCGUCUAGUCUUCUCUCUCAGUGUUCCUAUCAGUGUCCCUGUACGGGGUCCCUCUGUUCGGAAGCUUUCGUGUUAAUGACCAGUAGUAACAACGCAAACAAUAGAACACUUUGUGAAAUAACAGCAGAGAACGUCUGAACCAGUCAGCUGGAGUGUUGUGUUGAAAUUAGAUUGGUUUGACUUGUAUAGCUUAUUAAUGUUGAUUGUUUCAAUACAACUGUAAUGUAUGCCUAAGAUUUGAUUGGCCGAGAGGCAGUUAAGGGAAAAAAUGGUACCAUUGGUUUAGACUUAAAGCAUUCAAAUUUUUUUCCUGACCAGUUUCUGUUCUUCGAAAAAAAAAGAAAAAAAAAAAGAGGAAAAAUAGAGUAUUAUGGUUUCAUGAGUUGACGCGACAUACUUACGGUCCAAUAAAAAGCCCAUGGGUCACAUAACUCACCUAAGUCACCUUGACCCUACUGUUGUUUAGCUGUUGUGAUUUGUUUUUUUAAAUGAAAGCAUUGUGGCCCCAAAGAUUCACGACAUAACCGGACUUCAAUUGACACAACAUGAGAAUACCUCA